AUGGCAGCUACCACUUUAAAUUUGCAUCAUAAACUUGGAAAAUUGGCGCGUAAUAUUUCACAGAUUUUAUCGGCUGACGUUGAAGUUACAGUCAAUAUACAAUUUAAAAAAAACACUAUGUACCUGACAAACGUAAGAGAGCACUCAAUACCUGAGUCGGAAAAUUUUGGAUCAGCUCACAGGGUGGUGUCACUUGCAGGAUUCCCAAACCCAGAAUCCCCAUCAGCUGAGGACGCGGACGAACUGAAGACUGCAGAAUUAUUUCCAAAAGCACGAAUAACAUACAAUUAG